UUGCAAAUGGCAAAUACUAAUUUCCUCUCCACCUUAUCCCCCGAACACUGCAGACCUUUGGCGGGGGAAUGCAUGAACAAGCUCAAAUGCGGCGCUGCUGAAGCAGAGAUAAUGAAUCUCCCCGAGCGGGUGGGGACUUUUUCCGCUAUCCCGGCUUUAGGGGGCAUCUCAUUACCUCCAGGGGUCAUCGUCAUGACAGCCCUUCACUCCCCCGCAGCAGCCUCAGCAGCCGUCACAGACAGUGCGUUUCAAAUUGCCAAUCUGGCAGACUGCCCGCAGAAUCAUUCCUCCUCCUCCUCGUCCUCCUCGGGGGGAGCUGGCGGAGCCAACCCGGCCAAGAAGAAGAGGAAAAGGUGUGGGGUCUGUGUGCCCUGCAAGAGGCUCAUCAACUGUGGCGUCUGCAGCAGUUGCAGGAACCGCAAAACGGGACACCAGAUCUGCAAAUUUAGAAAAUGUGAAGAGCUAAAGAAAAAACCUGGCACUUCGCUAGAGGUCAGAGGAGAUGAUUUCUUGUUUCCCAGUCUUGCCCCCUCCCUCCUCACCCCCUUCUCCUCUCCCACACAGGGUUUCUUGUCUGGCUUCAAGACACAGCACCCCCUUUUCUGAAGCUUCUUGCAGGUUGUAACAUGUUGCCAUAGGUGGUUUGCAGAGGGCAUGGCCUUUACACACACCACCCUCCAGUCUCCACUUCACCUGGAACAGCCCUUCUGCUAGAAGGGGACCCCUCCUUUCUUAUCUCUGAAAAAAAAAAAAAAAGCGAUUGAUCUAAGAAUCCGAAGUUUUACAUUUGAGUAUGGUUAAUAUUUUUCCCUUGCUGGUUUGAACUGUGCUCUCAGGAAAAUCCAAAACAAAUAGCUCUGCCCAAAAAUAUUGAACACGUCCACCACAUACAUACAUAAUACAUACAUACAUACAUAUAUGCACACAACCUACAGUAUACGUAUACAUAUGUAUAUAUACCAUGAUCAUACAUAUUAUAUAUAUCAUAUAUAGGUGUGUGUGCUGAAAUGCCUGGACUCAAGGGGGGAUUUUUGUCCUCUCUUACAGUAAUUUUCUCUUUGGUCUGAUAGAAUGCUUUUGUUUGUUUUACUUUUUGCCUUCCUGAUAUAUAUAUAUAUAUAUAUAUAUAUAUAUAUAUUUGAGAAGCAAAAAUCCUAUAGACUGCUGAUAGUCAACAGCCAUCUUUGAAAUGGGACUUUGAGUAAAGUGGUAGUUAUUUACUAUUGAGGCUAAUGGGGGCUUGAUUUUUAAAAUAUUUUCUGUAGUUCCAGAAAAACUCAGUGUUUUUUUUUUGUUAUUGUUGUUAUUGCUGUUGUAUUAUUUCUCACAUUUCCCUGGGGUUCUCUAUCUGACAAAGUAUCUAUUUGAUGGCUGCAAAAUUAUUCCAAACAGAGAAGUUUUGCUUCAUACCAUAUAUAGUGAUAGCUUACUUUUCCUAUAGGUCCUGAAAACAGACAAUAGUCACUAAAGUAAUGCUAAAAUUAGACUUUUAAUUGUAUUCCAAAUUAAGAUGGAUGUGCGUGAUGAACAUCUUAUUUGAUAUCAUAAUCAAAAUACAAAAGGGAGAAAUGCAGAGUUAUAGGCAUAUUGUUUUGGUGACAUAUUAAGAAGGAAAUAUGGACAGGCAAUUAUAGUCUACGAGGAAACAGAGUGAGUAAGGUUUGUGCAUAUGUGAGACCGGGCAAUCUGUUUAGUGUUUGGGAAGGUCUGUGGCCUAGAGUGCAGGUUGAGUGACUGUCACAGUCUGUCCUGAGGAAUACUUAUACAUCCUUUUAAAAAUUAGGAACAUAGUCUAGGGAUGUUUUCUUUCAGUCAUCGAGAAUUGGAGUUUCAACAAAUAAAGGAAAAAGUUCAAAGAUCUUGCUUCUGGUUUGACUGUGAAGAAGAUGGAUCAUUUCACUUUGUUGGGUACAAGCCAAGGACAAGGGACUGGGAUUCCCAAAGCCAGAAGCAUCAUGGGCUGCAGUUCUAUCACAAUAGUGCAUGUAUUUCUCUUUAUAAAGAAGCCAUAUCUUCUUGGGAGCUUUAAUUUUACCACAUUACUUCAGUGUUCUUUCUUUGGACAACUCUGGUCAAGCAAGGAUAGCAGCAGCUACAGAACAGGUCCCCACACUUUCUCAGAGGACAAAAGCUAACUUUUUGAACUCUCUUUUGGGGCUUAAUUUACAAUGACUUCUCUAGGUCUGGAAGAUCAUAGGAAAUUAAAAUUCACCUUACAUUGUGUUUUCCUGCAAAUGCCAGUGAAUAGGAUUAUAUGGUUUCUGUUUUCUCUUUGAAAAGUAGUAAUAUGUAGAGUUCUAGGUUUGGUAUAGUUAGGCAUCAGCUUUAGCUACAGUCCCUGCAUCACUCUGUACACCAUUAUAGGGAAUGUAGCAGACAGGAACACUGACUAAUUCUUGCUUAUUUAGUUAGUAAGUACUCUGGAAGAGUUUGCUAUGAUUUCUGAUUGACUUUCAGAAAUGUUUCUGUUGUGUUCAUCUAAACAGGUUUCAUAGAUUUCUUCUCUCUCUUGAUGGUUUCCCUCAAACUUUAUUUUUUCCCUGUGAUUCUAAACAUAGAAUCAUUUUGUUUUUGAAAAUUAGCAAGUACAAAAAUUGUGUGGCCCCUCAGAAGGUGGGGGCGUGGGUAGAGAGAAUGCCUAUUGCCCUCUGUAGAUGUUUCCCUGACUGAAGGUUCCUUCCUACCAGAGCAUUGGCUGUGUAUCCAGGACAUGAUCAUUAAUGGAAUACUCCGAAGAAUGAAAGGAAAAAGUUUUCAAAGUUGUCUGAGUGUUUAUCUAGCUCAUGAAUAAUGUAAUGUAAUUACAGUGCCGUUACCUCAAACCCACAUGCAACCUUCAGCUACAGUUGUAGCUUAAGCUAUCUUCCAAAGCUUCUGUAUGGAGGGAGUCACAGACCCUGAAUGACUGAGCCAAUGUUGGAAAAUCCCCUGCUGAGAUCGUUUCCUGUCUCUAAUUUGACCCAUUAUCAUCUCAGGAGAUGUUUUUGAUGGUGGAUGGACUUUUGUUUGAAGUUCUGGACUUGAAUUUCAGUCAUAAACUUAGUAGCUAAUACUUAUGGCUGUAACUUAGGGACACUUGAGAAGUUAACAUCUGCACACUAACCACAGCUCAGAUUCCUGCUUAGCCUUCCAAACCCAUGUGCCCUCCUCCGUCCCUUUGACCUGUUCUUAUCUCAAACACUGAAGGCAUAGUGGGGUUGCUUUCAAGCUAUGUAAAACAAGAUUAAAAAGGGUCACAUGAAUGUGCUGGGUUUGAGCCCACAUUUUCUUAAACCCCCUUUCCUACCCUUCCUUUAAACAGGACCUAGCCCUGCUUAGUCCCAUUUUGAGAGCAACUAGUGUUUAUAAAACCACUCCUCCUUGGCAUUCAGUAUGGUAAUACCCAUGAACUAGUGAUUGCUCUAUGUUUGUGUACUGCCGUUUUGCAUAUGUCACUGCUCACUCAUCAACCACUGUAUUAGCAAAUAGCCACUAAUUGUUAAGAGCAGUUGAUACAAAUGUGUUGUACUCCUGUGGGACAAAAUUUAUUUUAAAAAUGUAUGUCCUUAAUUAAUAUUAAGUUCCUAGAUGCAUUUAAAAAUAUGACCAUGUAGGAGGUUAUUAUGAUACUAAGUUCAUACUUUAUUUUGCAAAGGUAAUCCUUCAGACUGUGUAUACACAACGGUUAUUUUUCUGAUACAAAGAUUUAACUUUUUCAAAUAUCCCAGUCUAAUGUAACUCAAGGGAUAAAGUUGUCCCAUGGGCAAGCCAGGCCUCUUAGUCCCUGAACAUUGUUCAGGUGACAUGAUUAAUCUCAGUGGGGCAGCAUUAGAGACCACACAGAUCUGGUUUCUCUCCCAUUAGUUGAUUUAUGGAAUUACAUUAGUGAAGAGGUGCCUCUGGGAGGCUGCCCCGCCCCCACUCCUGCUUCUUCCUGCUGCUUUACAGAGAAGCAGAAACUGGAAAUCAGGGGAAAGGAAGCUAGCUUGAGAUUGUAAGGGAUUGGAUGGCGAACAUUGCGAUGGUAUCAAGUAAAACUAGGUAACUUUAUUUAGAAGUGUGCUUUUUAGAAGGGGAGGAGACAUACUAGAUGCAAGUUUUAAGUGUUAAGAGCCUCAACCAAUGCGAGUUGUGAAGUUCUGGACAAAUUCUGUUGCAGUCUGUGCAGAAUGAUGGUACACAUCUGCUAAGCAAGUUCUUUUGUAGCCCACAUCCAAAGUAGAUGCUCCACCCCCAUUCAGAAAGGUACAGCAGGGAGAAACAGCAAAUGACUGAACACUUCAUAAAGUUUUGAAGUUUAGUGAUUUAAAAAAAUAUAAAUAUGCAUAGAUAAAAUACUAAUCUCUCCUAUUUUGAAUUGAAACACUUUCCAAUUUUUCACUUCGUAUAAUAAUUUCAAAAUGAAUUUUCAGUUUUGGAACUAAAGCAUGCUAGUAGGAAAUAUUUUUAAGACAAAGAUGCAAUGUAUAUUGCCUAUAGGAGGGAAAAGGAACAUUUUUUCAAUAAAAUCCAAAUAAAAAGACAAUUUUUUUGUUAUAUUACAAUGUAACAAUGGUACAAUCUAUGGAGAAGAUCCAGAAUCUAGGAUUGGUAAGGAAAGGAGCACAGAAAAGUUUUGAUCAAAGCCCCAAGACACCUUGAUCAUGAAGACAUUGAACUAACCAAUGAUCUUCUCAGCCCAUCACUAGAUUAAGGCCGUAGGAGUCAAGGUUGUGUUUAUGUUUUGUGUACAACAGAGCUCAUAUUGUACAUAGUAAAUCCAUACAACUUUAUCUGUCGGUUAAAAAUAUAGUUGCUUUUGAAAAUAGGAUAAUGCUUUGUAAUUGAAACCAAUAUCCUGAUCCAUGUAAGCAGCAUGGAAAAAUCUAAGCAGUCUUUUAUGUGAUAAUUAGAAGCAGUGAGAUAAAAUGGGAAAAAAGCCAUUUAUAGACUAUACUAUAUAGAGAAUAUUUUUUGAAACUUAGACAUCGUCAAGCAAAACAUAAGCAAACAUUUGGAAACUCAAUGAGAAAAAUUUUGAAUAACAUUGAACUUUAGGCUUCCCCAUGAUCACAUAAAGCUAUUUGAUGAAGAAAGGGUUGUUCAUUUAGUGAGGAGGUUGUAAAGGCGACUUGGCUUGAAAAGUUUUAAUGACUUCAUUACUAAAUUACUCUUUUGUGGGCCAGUCUGUUUUUCUUUUGGGUGGAAUGGUGGAGUUUCACACAAACUUACAGACCUGUGUGGAAUGUUUCAGUGAAGUGAUCUGUAAGACUGAAUAAUUCGAAAGCUUGCAGAAAGGAUAGAGAAAAGUGGAGCAUUAUUUACCAUUGCAAACUGGAGACAGGAGUUGUUGCUAUGAGCCUUGAAAUUGUGUUGGCAUGUUCAUUUUGGGAACGAAGUUAAACACUUAACUAUUUUAAUAUUUCCCAGGAAUAAGCCCAAAUGUGUUUUUUAAAGUUGCCAGUCCCCUUAAAAUCUAUUAAUCAAUCAUAAUUAAUCAGAUAAUCUGACUAUAUAGCUCACCUUUACCAGAAAAAAAAAUCACUUUAAUUUUGCAUUGGAAAACUUUAAUAAGAUGGUGUCCUAUUACUCAAAGCAGGGUAUGUCUCAAUUUCUUACAUUAUACAAAAUACUAAAAUAGUCACGAUUUAGUCAUACAGAGAUAUCUAGAUAAAGUAAUAUGUUGGAGUUAAGAUGUGUUUAAAUAUAAUUUUCUCUGAUUAAUAGGUUAAUUUAUGAAAGCAGAAAUGAUCUCAGAAUACUUUGUGCAGAGUAGUGAUUGGUUGUGCCUUUUCAGUUAUUGCUGAGGAUAUUGCACAUUACAUGAUUUAGAUGAAGGAACAGAGCAGUCUGGAAAGUGGUUUGUAUAAAAACCCAUUUUCAAGGAUAUAUUUUGUAUACCCUGUUAGUGCUGUGGGUAUAUGUGUGCAUAAUUUUGUUUCUUCAGUAACACUUCAGUAUUUAUGCCUAUCUUUUACUUAUUUGCCAUUGCUCUGGUAUUCUUGGAGUUCCAAGGUACCUGUGGAGGGGUGCAGGAAUGAUUUUAUCCAAGUCAUAUCUUGUUCCAUCACAAGCAGAGACACCUGUCUAGAAACUGAGUUAUCCUGCAGAGCAACUGAAAGCCCUCCCUCCAUUCAGCAUCAUGAUUUCUGUUUUCUGUUGAGUUAUGUUGUAUCAUGCUUCAGAUGAGACAGCCAUUUAAUAAUGUUGAGGACUCAUCUCUGCAAGGCUUGAUAGGGUCUGCAGGCUUGUUAACUUCUACUCUGAAGCAAUAUAAGAGAUAUUUUUUCCUCUGUGAAACUUACAGGCUGUGUCUUGGCUUCUUUUAGGAACUUAAGACUACAUAAAUAGGUAGAAAAUCAAGCUCACUGGAUUCCUUCUACAUUCUUUUUUGAAUAUUUAUCUCAACUGUUCAAAUGCAUUCUUUUUUAUUAAUGGUAAAGCAGUUACUUUUAAAAUAAGUCAUAAUCACUGUAUUUUUAUGUAAAAUCAUAUAAAUUAUA